AUACAAUACGUGUAGGCAGAGUUUGUUCCUUGGGCAUACUAGAUGUAGUUCUCUAUAAUUUUAAUGUAACACAUCUUAUUUAUGAGUUUUUUCCAUUCACUCAUUGAAUCGUAUUCACCAAUCACCUGCUAGUUGCUGGUGCUGUUCUAGGUGCUGGGAUACAGACGCAAGCCUGGUAAAGGCCCCACCCCUGUGGGGCUGACAUUCCGGUGGGGGAGAUGGACAAUGACCAAAUAUAAAAAUUCGGGACCUGAGAAAUGUCAGGAAGAAAAAUAAGGCAGGGGGAGGGGAGAGGGAGACAAAAAUGUUGCUUUGGCUCGGGAGUGGGGACGAGGAGGCUCUCUGAGGAAGUGACAUUUAAGCACAGACUUGAGUGAGGGAGCGGCCCUGUGGGGUUGGGGUAAGAGCAGGUCUUCUUGCUCAUAAAUGAGGCGGCAGGGAACGUCCUUGUUCUGAUCUGUUGCGAGCUAUGCGAAAGUUUUUCUGGAAGAAAUUGUUGACCUUCUGGGUGUGACAGAAACAACAAUACAAAUAUUCCAUUGCUUCUCCCUCCUUUGUGGUUAAGCAGGACCACAUGACUACCGUUGGCCAAUGAAAUGAGAGAGAAAGUGUCAUGGGGCACUUCCAGGCGGAAGCAUUAAAAACCGGUGCGGGAGUCCGUAGUCUUUCCUGCUGCCACAGCCACUCUGGAGGCUCGUGUUCAAGGUGGUGCAGCCUCUGUGGGACUAGGUCCUUGACUGACUGUGUGGCAGAGACACCCUGCUGAUCUGUUGCGGACGUAUAGUGUGGACGACCAGCUCAGGUGUUAGUCACUCACCUUUGGUGGCGGUAUGCAGAACGACUUUGUCUUCCUGACUAGUACGUAUGACAGGUACAUUCCCCGUUUUACCAGAUAUUUGUAGGCUCUUUAUCUCUUUCUGACCCUCCUUAUCCGCGGUCAUCAUUGGCUUCUCUUCUACCCACCCCUCAGGUGUAAGUAUUCCUCAAGAGUCUCCCUCUGUCUCGUUCUAUUCUUCCCCUCCGCCUUCUCCCUUUCCUUCCCCGAUUCUCUUCCUCCUAUCCCUCCCCCUCCCCUUCUUUCUCCUUUUUUUUUUCUUCAGAGGUGAUACAUGUUUAUUGAAGAUCUGUAGAGUGCAAAAAUAUGAGGAAGAAAAUGAAACUCCUAUAAUCCAUAGUCACACAUUUAUGAAUACGAACUUAUGAUGUAUUUUUUAGUCCUUUUUUCUAGACACCCACAUUCUCUCACACCCACAGAUACUCAUUUCAGUAGAUUGAAAUGAUGUUAUUUCACAUCAUAUUAUACAAAAUGUAUUUCCCCACAUUAGAACUAUUUUAAAAUGUUAUGUCUUAUAAUGACAUAAUGUGCCAUUCCAUUGAGCCGCAUUCUUUCCUUGAUGUAUACUUUCUUCUUGGUUAAUGUCAUCCACAAUGUGGCUUUAAUUCUCACCUCUGUGGAUAUCCACCAUAUUAGUUAGAAUUAGAUUCAGCUUCAAAACACAGGACAAAGAAAAAGAAGAAGAAAUAAAAGAUAAACAGUGGCUUAAACAAGUGACAUGUCUGCUUCUCACGUACAACAAGACUGGAGCUGGUCAGUCCAAGGGUGGCACAGUCUUCAAUGGUAUGCAGGAUCCAGGUUGCUUCUAUGUUAUUGCUCCACCAUGCAAGGCCUCUAUUCCCAAAUGUUGGGGAUUGAAUUAUGUCCCCCCAAAAUAUGUAUUGUAAAUCCUAAUCCCCCUGCUUGUGGUUUUAAUCCAAUUUAGAAAUGGGUUGUCUUUGUUAUAUUGAUGAGGCAGGAUUCGUGUAGGGUGUAUCUUGAGUCAAUCUGUUUUGAGAUAUAAAAGAGAUUAAACAACAGUUAAGAGAAACAGAGAUGGGGGAAGAGACAUGCCAAGCCACACAGAGAUCGCUCAGUAGCAGAAGCUCAAAGAGACAAGGACCUUCCUCUGAGCCGAAAGAGAGAAAAAGCCUUCCGCUAGAGCCAGCAUCUUGACUUCAGUCUUCUAGCUUCCUAAACUGUGAGAAAAUAAACUUGUUUGUUAAAGCCACCAACUUGUGGUAUUUGUGUUAUAGCAGCACUGGAUAACUAAGACAGAAUUUGGUAUCAGGAGCCUGGUGCUGCCCUAACAAAUACCUAAAAUGUGGAAGUGGUUUUGGAGUUGGGUAAUGGGGGCAGGCUGGAAGAGUUUUAAGUUGCCUAAUAGUAAAAGCCUAGAUUGCCUUGAAGAGACUGUUGGUAGAAUUAUGGACAUCAAAGGCAAUUCUGGUGAGGGCUCAUAAGGAAGUGAGGAGAGCUAUGGAGUAAGUCUUUAUCAUCUUAGAGAAUACAUAUGGUUCCAGCAAGAGAAUGUUGCUAGAAAUAUGGACCUUAAAUGUGCUUCUGGUGAGGAUUUAAAAGAAAAUGAUGAACACGCACUUCAACAACGGGGAAGGGUGAUGCUUUGAAUCCAGUGGCAAAGAACUUGUCUGAAUUAUGUUCAAAUGUUUGGUGGAAGGUAGAGCUUAUAAGUGAUGAACUUGAAUAUUUGGCUGAUGAGAUUUCUAAGCAAGAUCUUAAAGGGGCUGCAUGGUUUCUUAUUGCCACUUUCAAUAAAAUGUGAGAAGAAAGAAAUAGACUUAAAAAUGAACUGUGAAAAAUAAGAACAAAGCUUAAAGAUUUGGAAAAUUCUGUUGUAAAAACUAAGGACACAUGUCCUAGAAUUUUCACCGAGGAGGUAGCUACACAAUCUUUUGUUAAAGAGAUUAAGCCCAUGACUGAUGGGUUAACCAACUAUCACAACCAAAAACCAUUAGCUUAGACUAAAUGGGACAAAGAAUGAAAGGAGAGAACAUGCUGUCUACCUCUCGAAAUUCUACAGGCAGGAAAUGGACCAAAAGAGCUACAUCUCUUGUCCUUCAAGAAAAGAAAGGACAACCCCUGGAGCAGCAUGGAGAUCAGCAGAACUGUUGGAAGGAGCACGGGAAGCAGGGCCUUCUCGGUUUCAAAGGGUGGGGCCAUAGCCUCCUGUGUUUCAGAGUUGGAUCUUCCCCAACUUGGUUCCAGAGUGUAGGUCUGCCAUUAAGGUGUACCAGGGGGAUGGAGCCACUGCCCAAAGCUGAGGAGGUGGAGCUACCAUACCCAAGUGACAGAAGAACCGCGCCGAGGGGUUGGGGUCACCACUCAGAUGGACUAAGAGAAUGGGGCCGCCUAAAGCCAAGGGAACAGAGUUGCCAUCCCAGAGGGCCUGGAUGGCAGAUCUGAAGCCCAGGGCUAGGGGCCUCCACCCAGAAUCCAGAGGGCAUGGCCACACCCAAAGCCUGGAGGCAGGGCCAUGGCCAAGAUGGUCUUAGAAAAGAGAGGAUUAUUUUCAAGCCUUGAGAGCUAAUGUGAUUUGUUCUGCUGGGUUUUGGACUUACUCGGUGCCCAUUAUCCCUUCUUUUCCUCCAAUUUCUCCCAUUUUUAAGUGAAAUGUCUCCCUUGUUCCUGUUCCACCAUUGUACUUUGGAAACAUAACUUGUAUUCUAGUUUUCACAGUUCACAGAUGAAAAGAAAUUUUGCCCCAAGAUAUAAUACACCUAAAAUCUUACCCAUAUUUGAUUUAGAUGUUUCAGAAGAUGAGAUUUUGGACUUGGAGUUGAUUUAAGUCUUUUGGGAUGAUGUGAUGGGGUAAAUGUGUUUUGCAUGUGGAAAGGACAUAAAUAUUGAGGGGCCAAAGAAUGGAAUGUUAUGGAUCGAAUUGUGUCCCCCAGAAAUAAGUGUUGUAAAUCUUAACCCCUAUGACUGUGGUUAUAGUCCCAUUCGGGAAUGGGUUGUCUUUGUUAUGAGGCGGGAUUAGUGUAGGGUAUAUCUUGAGUCAGUCUCUUUAGAGAUAUAAAAAAGAUUAAACACAUAAGUGAGAGAAGUAGAGAUGGGUGAAGAGACAUGCCAACCCAUAUGUAGAUUGCCAAGGAGCAGAAGCUCAAGGAGACAAGGACCUUCUUCCAAGCCAACAGAGGGGGAAAGCCUUCCCCUAGAGCCAUCACCCUGAAUUCAGGGCUGUGCUGGAUUGGGCAGGGCUGGACAGAGCUGGGCUCGGCUGGGCAGAACAGGGCUAGACAACGCAGGGCAGGGCUGGACUGGGCAGAACAAUACAGGGGAGGGCUGGGCUAGGCAGGGCUGGACAGAGCUGAGCUGGGCUGGGAAAGGCUGAACUUGGUAGUGCAGGACAGGAAAGGCCUAGACAAGGCAGGGAAGCUCAGGUCUGGAGUGGGCCUGGCUGGGCUAGACAAGGCAGGGCAGGGCUGAGUAGAGGGAGGGAAAGAAGUUUGUUCCAGGAAGAUAAGGCCAGUGUGUUCUUUACAGGAGCAGUAGCUAGGUUCCUAGCCCAUCAGUACAUUCCAUCCCUCUGGCUACAGGGACUGGUUCAGGGAUCGACACAUGACCAAAGCUAGGCCAAUGAAAUUCAAACUGGGGCAUUCGGCUGUAUAGAAACCAGGGAUGCGUGCAUGUCACUGCUGGGGCCAUCUUGGCACAACAUAAGCUGAGAGGCAGAGAGAGAAUCCAUCUGGAGAACAUCAUUGAGCCUCUGGAUCCAGCUAUGCGUGAAGGACACAUUCCUCAACUUUUUAGUUCAUGAGCCAAUAAAUGCCCUUGUUCUCAUUCGCUAGUUUGGUUUGGGUUCUUUGACCUUCACAACUGGCAGAGGCCUGCCAGAAACUCAAACAGCCUGGUUCUUACUGCUGCCUCCCUGGACUAGGACUGCUACAGUAGUUCAGCCUCCUUGGGGCUAGCCUCAUUAUUCUGCUGGGAAGACUGAGGGGAUUCUAUCCAACCUCUGAGCUAGAGGCCAUUGGUCCCAUGUGGAGAAGUUGGAAUGGAGCUUUAGUCUCUUCUGGUGGAAACUAAGACCUGCCUCUUGUCCCAUCCAUGGCGGGGGAGGGGGGACCACCCUCAGGAGGCCACACGUCCUGGGAAACGUGAGCAAACAACCCCCUCUCUGGACCUAACUUUCCUCCUUCAUGGAUGGGGUGAAUAAUACAGGCUUUCAAGGAUCCUCAACACCCUCUCUCUCCAUCACUUCUCCCAUGGUCUCAGUCCCUCCAUAUUCACCCUCAUCCUCAUACGCUGAACCUCCGAUCCCAUUUCCAUCACCCUGACAUCUUUCAUUGCCACCUCCCCCCAUGGUUUGAUUCCAUAACCAUCAACCCCAUGACCCACAGUAGCAGGUGCUGUCUGUAACCUGCCUUGCACCCUUGGGCCUCACUAUUGGGGCACACCUGGCCUACCUCCAACUUCAGGUAUCUGCAUCUCUUUGGGACUGGAAUCUGCUCUACUCAAAGUGCUCAGGAGCAGCCCAACCAAUAACUGAUGGGCUGGCAUUGGAUCAAUACCUCAGCUCCCUGACCCCUCAGGUAGAAUGACUCUGAGGUGCAUGUUCUAUGCUGUCUGUCAAGGCUCCCCAGUGGGAUUAAGCCCUGGUUGUCCACGGUGGGAAUUUGCUUUAUAACUAGAGUGAGCAACCAUUGAUUUGCUCAGGACUAAAGGGUUUCUUGGUGGCACAGUGGUUAAGAGCUAUGGAGAGCUACAGCUGUUAACCAAAAGGGUCAACAGUUUUCAAAUCCACCAGCCACUCCUUGGAAACUCUAUGGGGUAGUUCUACUCUGUCCUAUAGGGUUGCUAUGAGUUGGAAUCAACUCGACGGCAAUGGGUUUGGUUUUUUCGUUUUUAAGGGGCUUCUGGGAAUGUGGAAACCCUGGUGGUGCACUGGGUAAGUGCUACAGCUGCUAAGCAAAGAGUCGGCAAUUUGAAUCCACCAGGUGCACCUUUGAAACUCUAUGGGGCAGUUCUAUUCUGUCCUAUAGGGUCGCUAUGAGUCGGAAUCGACUCGACGGCACUGGGUUUGUUUUUUUUUUUCCCCUAAGGAUGUGGGAUUUUGAGUGAUAAAACCAGAAAAUUCCAGGCGAACUGUGACAAGCUGAUUACCAUUUUGAUAUUGAUAACUCACCAGUUUAUUGCCUGGCCUCCGUCUCCUGUAGCACUCCCCUGCUCCCCUAUAGGUGCUUUCUCCAAGAUCAACUCACGCAAUCCUUGUCUCAAGCUCUGUUUCUGGGGGACCUUGACCUCAAUCCAGCCCACUGCCCUGCCCCACCCCGCCCUGGCCUGCCCCACCCUGCACCAGCCACUCCCAAGCGUGGCUCUCAUGAGGUGCUAGUGCAGUUCUUAACAAUUCCUACGCAUCACCUCAUUUUGCUCUUAUGACAGGCCUUUGAGGGAGCAUCAUCUGUUCUCCCAGUUUUACGUGUGCGAAAGCUGAGGUUCAGGCAGGGAAGUCACCCCAGUGGUAGGUGGCACAGCUGGGGGAUUUAAACUGGCAAAGGCUGUGCUUCCUGGCGCACUGCUCACAUCAUCAUUCUGGAUGCUGAGGGCCUGGGACGUGCCAAGCAUGGUCCUGCACACUCCAGAUGCAUUGUGUCCUUUAAUCCUACUACACUCCUGGAAGGUGAGUACAGCCAUUACCCCACUGGUUGGAGAGGGACGCCGAGGCCAAAGAGGUGGCAGGGUUCACACCCAGGCAGGCUGGCACCGAGCUCAUAACCUUAACCACCAUGCUGGUGCCUUCAUACAUGUAAUUUCCCUCCCAGCGGCCACAGCCAUUUGAGGAGGGGGGACUCUGGCUGCCAGCAAGGCCAGCUGGCAAAGUGGAGGAGGGCCCGGAUGGUAGGCCUGGCCAAGAGACCCCAGGCUGGCAUCUGGGCUGGCAGGCUGAGCCCAGGCCUCCCUGGACCCCUCACUGCCAGCUCCUGCCCCUGAGAGACUCUCCUGUGCUCUGAAACUUCCCCCACUCCUCCAUCCCCAAUCCUUCUCCUGUGGUCAGCUCAAAUACCAGACAGGGCGAAUCUCAGCUUUUCCCCAAACAUUCCUUGUUCCUGUGGCCCAGCCCAGGCUGGCUGAGGUUAUGCAAGCAGGAGCUGGGGGUGGGGGUGUUGAGGAGAGCUGUGAGGCCGGGCUGGCCUGUCCUUACCACUCUAUUCGGCCGCCUGCCUGGCCUCCCCAGGGCGGGGCAGGGGUAGACCAGCCCCUUGAGCCCUUGGGAAAACAGGCCAGGGGGUGGGGUGUGCUGAGAGAUGGGGGCAGUGGUGGCCACGGCAGAAGCUCCAGGAGGUGACCGCCUGGUUUCCAUUAGGGAGCCCUAGUGGGCAGUUCAGGCAAGACGCAGAGCUGGGGCCGGCUAUGUGGCUGAUCCUGCUGCUGCUCCUGAUGUGGCUGGGCCCCCCAGUGGCCCCCGGCAUGGAGGACGCUGCCUUCCCCCACUUAGGGGAGAGCUCGCAGCCCUUGCCCCGGCCUUGCCCCCCACGCUGCUCCUGCGCCCGUGCAGACACCGUGGACUGCGCUGGCCUGGACCUGCAAGUGUUCCCAGACAACAUCACCAGGACGGCUCAGCACCUCUCUCUGCAGAAUAACCAGCUCCAGGAGCUCCCCUACAACGAGCUGUCACGCCUCAGUGGCCUGCGGACCCUCAGUCUGCACAAUAACCUCAUCUCCUCUGAGGGCCUGCCUGAUGAAGCCUUUGAGUCCCUCACCCAGCUGCAGCACAUCUAUGUUGCCCACAACAAGCUAUCGGUGGCCCCCCAGUUUCUGCCCCGCUCCCUCCGUGUUGCGGAUCUGGCCGCCAACCAAAUGACAGAGAUCUUCCCACUCACCUUUGGGGAGAAGCCGGAGCUCAGGUCUGUAUACCUGCACAACAAUCAGCUGAGCAACGCGGGCCUGCCGCCUGACGCCUUCCUCGGCUCUGAGGCCAUCACUACCCUCAGCCUCUCGGGCAACCGGCUCAGCUACCUGCCGCCCAGCCUGCCGCCCUCACUGGAGCGGCUCCACCUGCAGGACAACCUCAUCUCCAAGGUGCCUCGAGGAGCCCUGAGCCGCCAGACCCAGCUCCGUGAGCUCUACCUUCAGCACAACCGGCUGACCGACAGUGGCCUGGAUAAUACCACCUUCAGCAAGCUGUACAGCCUUGAGUACCUGGACCUGUCCCACAACCAGUUGGCCGAGGUGCCCACCGGCCUCCCCCAGGCCCUGGCCAUCCUGCACCUGGGCCGCAACCGCAUCUGGCGGGUGGAGGGGGCCCGGCUGCAGGGAGCACGGGGCCUGCGCUAUCUGCUGCUGCAGCACAAUGCGCUGGGGCGCACGGGGCUGCCCCCGGGGGCUCUGCGGCCGCUGCGGUGCCUGCACACACUGCACCUGUAUGGCAAUGGGUUGGACCGCGUGCCCCUGGAGCUGCCCCGCCACCUGCGGGCCCUGGUGCUGUCCCACAACCAAGUGGCCACACUGGGUGCCCGCGACCUGGCUGCCAUGCGAGGGCUGGCUGAGCUCAACCUGGCCUACAACCGCCUAGUCAGUGCCCGCAUCCACCACCGGGCCUUCCGCCCACUGAGUGCCCUGCACAGCCUUGACCUGGCUGGCAACCAGCUGACCCAGCUGCCUGUCGGCCUGCCCUCCAGCCUCCAUGCCCUGCGACUUCAGCGCAACCAGCUGCGGGCCCUUGAGCCCGAGUCUUUGGCCGGCCUGGACCAGCUGCAGGAACUCAGCCUGGCCCACAACCGGCUCCGGGUCGGCAACAUCGAGCCUGGCACCUGGCACGAGCUGCAAGCCCUGAAGGUGCUGGACCUCAGCCACAACGAGCUGUCCUUUGUGCCACCAGACCUGCCCGAGGCCCUAGAAGAGCUGCACCUGCAGGGCAACCGGAUUGGCCACGUGGGCCCCGAGGCCUUCGCCAGCACGCCGCGCCUGCGCGCCCUCUUCCUCAGGGCCAACAGGCUUCACAUGACGAGCAUUGCACCUGAGGCCUUCCUGGGCCUCCCACACCUUCGAGUGGUAGACACAGCGGGUAACCCGGAACAGGUCCUUGUCCGGCUGCAGCCCACGGCCCCACGUCGACCCCGGGCAGGUGGCCCCUGAGCCCCUGGGGCUCCUCUGGGCCACGGACUGACAAGACAAGACCCACCUGGGGCCUCCGCCUGGCUCUACCAGGCCUCAGGGACUGGGGCUCAGCCUGAUGGGGGUGGGGUGCUGCCUCCACACAGUGAGCUGGGGGAUGGCUGAAGAGCACACAGGACUCACUCCAAGUGUGUGUCCCCCACGCAGAAGAUGACAAUAAAGCCUAAGCCUUUGGGGUGCUCAUACGGGCCAGGCGUCCUUCCAGGGCUAUGCCCACUGGCUCCUCACAAUCCUCGCUACAAGGGCUUUCACCACUCCUGUGUGAAACUGGGGAUACUGAGGCUCUGGAGUGCUAAGUGGAUCUGGUAAUUUGUUUCAGGCCCUGGAGCCAGCAAGUAGCAGAGCUAGAAUCUGAGGCUGGUGGGUGCGUGUCCUCCUGACCCACCCACACAUACAGGCCCCAGGGGCCCCAUGUGCUGGCAUAGCCUAUGUCACACUGUGGGGCUACCACCUGCCAACCUGCCACCCAGAAAACCAAACCCAUUACCAUUGAGUUGAUUCCAACUCAUGGUGACGCCACGCAUGUCAGAGUGGAACUGCUCUGUAAGGUUUUCUUGGCUAUAAUUUAUGGAAGCAUAUUGCCAGG